CGCAGAGCGGCGGCGGGCACGGACGCGGCGGGGCCGGGAGCUGGCGGUGGCCGGAGCGGGGGCAGGUGCGGGAGCCGCCCACCGCCGCUGCCCGCGGGGCGGGGGCGCCCCGGCAGAGCCCCCCGGGCCCUAUGGUGCCGCGGCAGGACCCGCACCCCGCUCGCCGCCUUCGGACGGGCCCCGCGGAGCGGCGCGGGGUAGCGCAGCCCGCCGGCCCCGGGAAUCGGCGGGCAUGAGGAACCUGCCGAUCCUCCUCCUCUCGCUCUGCUGGAGCCUGGGGCGGGUGAAUGGUAUCCAUCCAGAAUGCAGAUUUCAGCUGGAGAUUCACAAGGAGGAAUCAAGGUGCAUGGAACUUCUAAAGAGUGCAAAGCCAGUGGACUACAACGGAUGUGUUGGAGUUUGGGAUAACAUCACCUGUUGGCGUCCUGCGAAGAUUGGAGAGACUGUCACUGUCCCUUGCCCAAAAGUGUUUAGCCUUUUUUCUGGAAAACCAGGAAAUAUUAGCAAAAAUUGUACAAGUAGUGGAUGGUCAGAUAUUUUUCCUGACAUCUUAAGUACUUGUGGAUAUAAUGACUAUGAAGAUGAUUACAAGGUAAACUUCUAUGUGAGGGUGAAAGCAAUUUAUACCCUUGGACACAGUGUAUCUCUGAUUGCUCUUACAACAGGAAGUAUAAUUCUUUGCCUUUUCAGAAAACUUCAUUGUACUCGGAACUACAUCCAUCUGAACCUGUUCCUCUCUUUCAUUCUAAGAGCAAUCUCUGUUUUAGUCAAGGAUGAUAUUCUGUAUUCCAGCUCCAACACAGCUCACUGUCCAGAGGAUCAAACCUCAUGGGUGGGCUGCAAGGCAAUUUUGGUAUUUUUUCAGUAUGGUGUUAUGGCAAACUUUUACUGGCUCUUAGUUGAAGGACUUUACCUCCACAUCCUCCUUGUGCUAAUAUUCUCCCCCAACAGACACUUCACAAUCUACUUGCUGAUAGGAUGGGGAAUUCCUACCAUAUUCAUUAUUACGUGGACAGUGACACGGAUCAUUUUAGAGGACACUGGUUGCUGGGAUACAAAUGAGCAUGGUGGUCCCUGGUGGGUUAUACGAAUACCAAUUUUAAUUUCUAUUAUAGUGAAUUUUAUACUUUUCAUUAGUAUUAUAAGAAUCUUACUGCAGAAGUUAAGAUCUCCAGAUGUUGGAGGAAAUGACCAAUCACAGUACAAGAGACUUGCAAAAUCCACAUUGUUGCUUAUUCCAUUAUUUGGAGUUCACUACACAGUGUUUGCUCUAUUUCCUGACCGCAGUUCCAAUAAUUACAAAAUAAUCUUUGAGUUGUGUUUGGGAUCUUUUCAGGGGUUGAUUGUUGCAGUCCUGUAUUGCUUUUUGAACAGUGAAGUGCAGGGGGAGCUGAAAAGAAAAUGGCGCAGUUUGUGUUGGAAGCAGACAGCAGGAAGGGAUUACAGACUCCACAGCUCUUCGAUUUCUCGAAAUGGAUCAGAAAGUGUUUCUCAGCUCCACCGGAAUUCAAGGGCUCACUCGUUUAUGCAGACAGAGACCACCAUGAUAUAAAUGAGCUAGGUCCCUCAAAACAUGAAAAACUGUGGGAUAUAUCAUUCAUUAUGCAGCUUGAUGUGAUAUUUUACAAAAUGUACAGUUUAGUGCUUUGCUUUUCUACAUGUUGGUAUUUGGGAAAUUGGUUUGUGCCGCCAACCUGUUAAUAACAGAGAAACCUGCCCCAUGAAUGCUUUCUGUUUUGUUUAAAUGGUGUUCAUAUUAAUUCUGGUGUUCUCUUGCAGUUUGCUAGCCAUAAGAAUUCAGAAGCUCAUUUUCCAUAAUGAUCCCUUUACCCUCCAAUGUGGCUCCAAGAGUGAUGCAUGGUAUCCUGCUCAAUGCAGACUGCUUUGGCACAUGUUGUAAGGGUUAAGAUGGGAAGCAAGAAAAUUUCUUAUACUUUGUUUAUACUAAAGGAAACAUUUAUUUCCUUAAGGAUUAGGAAAUUCUUUUCUAAGUAUGGAAAAUACAAUAAAAAUAAAGAAAUCUAAGACUAUAAUUAACCACAGUGGGAGUUCAGGGUGCUAAUCCAGGAAAUCAUGAACAUUAUUUAUGCAGAGAGUAAAAGGUAGUACUUCUUGGCUAAUUGUAUAAAUUUUAAAGAUUACUUUCUACAGAAUUUUAUUCUAAUCCUGUUGUUACUUUCAAAAGUGCCUAGUUUUUUAAGUUUAGGUGCAGAAAGUAGGGCUACAUUUACAGUCCAACAGAAAAGACUAUUAUAAAAGUUUUGAUCAAAACUUCAGCAUUUUCCAAUAGUGAUGUUCCAGUCACCAGUUGUUCUCUUCUUUUUAAAGUCAGAGGUUUCUGUUGAUCUUUCAUUAAGCAAUUUUCUAAAAAGGUGUUUUAUUGCUCAAGCAGCCUCACAUAGGAAUAACAGCCUUGGAUUAAUUAACCAUUUCAAUUAACUAUUGAAAAUACCAUUUUUAUGUAGUAUUUUCAUUAAAAUAUGUCUCUAGAACUACAUACUUGGCAGCUAAAACAAGGAAUAUUGCAAUGAAAUUACAACUCCCAUUUAAGGAAUAAAGUAAAUUCUUUUAGUUUUAUUUAAUUCUGUAUCUAUCUGAGAUGAUUUAAAAUUUAGUCCUGACAGUGAUUCUAGAAAAAAAAAAUUGGGCAGAAUCCCUAAAAAUUACCAUAAAAGGCAUAAAGGAGGAAUUCUUAACAAUGCCAAGCCUCUCAUGCAACCACAUUUUUU